UUUACAGGCGCAUUCAUUACCAUUUCGGUUGGCAACCAUUAAUCAGAACCAAGUAUAUUCAUAAAUGGUGGAAAUAAAAGAACGCAAUUCCACUGCUACUCUUCUAGUUUGCUUUCUUUUCCACAUUCAUUUUUGUUAUUCCAAAUAACAAAAAAUUAAAAUCUUUCCGCUGCACUUUGUCGCUGAAAUGAAAAUUUUAUAUAUUUUUUCAGCUCUCCAUUGAAUAUUUUCAACGCAUCUUGUUUUUAUUAAGCUCUACGAAGCCAUCCAGAAAUAACACCGAAGCUGGCAGAGUAUUGGCUGGAUUUAGUUUACAGUAAUUCAUAAUUCACCACUGGCAGCAUGAAUAUUUCAUUACUUCUUUUUUUUAUCCAGAUAUUUUUUCAGUUCUGCCCAAAAAACAAACAAAAUCUAAUUGUGUGUCGGAUUCUUUGUGACAGUCUGAGAUUUCAUCUCUAGUUUUCUUUUCUAGUUUUAACAGAAGAACCGAUAUGAACUGACUUAUUUAUAAUGUUUCAAUUCUUUCCCAGCAGCUUCUCCGAUUUAUUUACUUUUUUAUUAUAUCCCAUGAAUCUAUGUUUGCAUGAUUCUAACUUGAACUCUGGGUGAUUGUAAAUUAUUAAUGAUGGGUGCAAAAAGAUGCUGUUAUGUCCACAAAUGCUGUGGUUUUGUCGAUUUAGAAAAAGCUUCGAUUUUGAUCGGAACCUUCACUUUGGUGACUGCGUGUAUUGGGGUGGCGACUCUGUCGCGUAACCUGGCAGUGGAGCAGGACCAGAUGGCCACCCAGAUCCUGUCCAAGGCAGCCUCCAUCGACACACACAGACUGCAGGCCGCUAUUGCCUAUGUGCGAUGGGGCAGUAUUGGGCUGCUGUUGGUGGGGAUAGCAUGUCUCUUCUCAUCUGUCGGACUCAUCUGGGCCAUCAAAAGGAAAGUGGUGCUGUAUGUUGUGCCGUGGAUAGUGAGUCACGUGGUCUACACCAUGUACAACAUCCUGAUCACUCUCAUUGCGGCAGUCAAACUGUUUUCUUGGAAUGUACCAUAUCACCAACUGUAUAUUGGAUGUAUGCUGUUCUGGGACUUGGGAAUGGUUGUUUUGUUGUAUUUUGUGGCAGUGGUUAAAAGCUAUUACUACCAAGUGAAACGCCAACAAAAACGAAGGGAGUCUUCAAUCACUGCAACGAACAGCGGAAUUCCGAGAUCUCAAUUCCAGCAACACCAGCAAAACUACACUUCGCCUAGUAGACGUCUAAGCUCUAAUUGCGCCCCUGGAAGACAAAAUAGCGCCAGUAAUAAUUUAACAGCUGGAUCGGAGUAUCAGCUGCCACCGGACCAGUUCAGCACUGACAAUUCUGUGGCUUUGAGUGGACUGGGGUCCAGAGGUAACGAUGAUGGCGCGGAAGUUUUGGGCACACCUAGCGUCGAAGGAGGAGGUGCUAAUGUACCUACUGAAGCAGUGCAGGGUGCGGUUACUGGCAACAGAGAUACCUCCAGCUUCAGGUUUUACUGCCCACCUUCAGCGCCUCCUUACAGUGCAGUUGCAACUAACAAUCCGGCAGUGAUCGAGACCUCCGCAGCCGAUCAGCCUCCGCCGCCGCCUUACAGCACAGCUAUUGCGUCAUCAGUAUCCCCGCCCAUAUCCCCUUUGAGUGACAGGUACAGUCAUCUUCUGGACUCCCCGACGUCUCUCCCUCCUCCGCCCCUCGUGAACAACGCAUCGAGGCACUCUUCAUGCUCGAACUUGAACUCUGUUUAUCCGGGCAGUGGAAGACAUGCGUCGUUCGGAGGAAGUUGCUCGGCUAGUCACCACGGUUAUAGUCGUAGUAUGAGCACAACAGCAACAUUACCUCGUCAUGGUACCGAGAAUCAUUUUUUAACAGGAAUAGGACGAACAAGAAAACCCUCUCUGUCUAAUCUGGGCUUUGAUCCAAAUAACAACCAUAAUGGCAUGCUUGGAGGAAACAAUGGUAGCGAGUAUUACAGGAACCCAUGCGACAGAAGUCGAAGUACUUUAAACCGGAACUCAAGAGCGGGAACUGGUUUCGGGUUAUCUUGCACGUGCUACCCGCAUACGUCAUUGAUACCUGGUUUUGGAGUUCACAACAGAAACGGAAGUGGUUGCGGUGUUAGGUUCCCAGCUCCAAAACGUCAUACCAAUAUCUCGAUGCACGGUCAUUCUAUGGGCCAUACUCAAAAAUAUGGCCCUUGCGAGGACUACAAUCAUCAUCAUCAUGGGAAUAGCCAUUUUAGAUAUUAUAAGUAUCCGUGAUGGUGAGAGAGUUUGUAAUAGUUAGGUGUGACGCGGCAAUUUUAAAUGUUAAAAGUGUUUUUGUAUGGAUCUCACCCGAGAAACUAAGGACUGUUUUUCUGUCUUUUUCGCCAAAUUGUCCUGAAUAGAAGAUCACUGGAAGAACAGCGGAGAAUUCACAGUGGUUUCUGUCAGGACCGAGUACUAGAACUCGUUAACUUUUCAAUUUAACUCAUUUUUCAUGAUUUCGGUGCUACCUCGAUUUUCAUGUUGCUUGUAUGUUGAUGUUACAAUGUUGAUUUAGUAUAUCUAAUAUCGAAUUUGAGAAUGUGAUUUUUAGUACAUUUUGGGAUUAUAAUAUCAUAGAUAAUUACUACAUAAUUCAAGUGUUUCCUAUUUUUUUUGUA